AACCCUAAACCAAAAAUUCAUUUUCAUAUCAAACAAUAAUGGAAUCAACAAAAACCGCAAUGGAAGCAUUCGAGAAACUCGAAAAAGUCGGUGAAGGAACAUACGGCAAAGUCUACAAAGCAAGAGAAAAAGCCACUGGCAAAAUCGUUGCUCUCAAGAAAACAAAACUUACUGAAGACGAAGAAGGCGUCCCCCCUACUACGCUUCGUGAGAUCUCGAUCUUGCGUAUGCUUUCUCGUGAUCCUCAUGUCGUUAAACUGAUGGAUGUGAAACAAGGAGUUAAUAAAGAGGGUAAGACAGUUCUGUAUUUGGUUUUCGAGUAUAUGGAAACCGAUCUGAAGAAAUUUAUCAGAUCGUUUCGUCAAACUGGUGAACACAUUCCAUCCAACGUAGUCAAGAGCUUGAUGUAUCAGCUUUGUAAAGGUGUUGCUUUCUGUCACGCCCAUGGUGUAUUGCAUAGGGAUCUUAAGCCACAUAAUCUUUUGAUGGAUAGGAAGACAUUGAUGCUUAAGAUAGCAGAUCUUGGGCUUGCCCGAGCGUUUACCUUACCAAUUAAAAAGUACACUCAUGAGAUUCUGACCCUUUGGUACAGGGCUCCUGAGGUCCUUUUGGGUGCUACCCAUUACUCAACAGCUGUUGACAUGUGGUCUGUUGGCUGCAUUUUUGCUGAAUUGAUCACCAAGACUGCUCUUUUUGCUGGCGAUUCUGAGCUUCAACAGUUGCUUCAUAUUUUCAGGUUAUUGGGUACUCCCGAUGAGAAAAUCUGGCCAGGAGUGAGCAAGCUGAAGGACUGGCAUGAGUAUCCCCAAUGGAAACCUAAGCUCAUUUCAACAUCUGUCCCAAAUCUUGAUGACGAUGGCCUCAAUCUCCUUUCGCAACUGUUGGAGUAUGAACCAUCAAAACGGAUAUCAGCUAAGAAAGCAAUGGAACAUCCAUAUUUUGAUGAUCUCGACAAGACCCAUCUUUGAAAUGCUUUACCUGUUGCUUGUCUCGUUCCAAUAUGUUUAAAUUUGACAUCUAAUUUGAUCGUAGUAUGCUUGUUGACAAAGUUCUAUCUGUUGACUGUGUUGUCAACAUGUGUUAUUCAGUAAUCUAAUAUGAAGCAAUUGUGCUUUGAUCUGCAACGGUUUUGUUGUGAUUAAAGUUUUUCUUUAAAUAAUAAUUUUCCAAUCUUAGUGAAAAA